CCCACUACUUCCGGUCGCCUCUGGUUCCGCCGCGGUCCCUCUGCGUCUGCUGCAGCUGCUUCCGCUGCUCUCCAGGCAUUUUUAUUUUGAAGGAAAGCUGCCUCAUAUGCUUCAAGAAUGGCUCUCCCAAUUAUCGUAAAAUGGGGUGGACAGGAAUAUUCAGUGACCACCCUUUCAGAAGACGAUACUGUGCUGGAUCUCAAACAGUUUCUCAAGACCCUUACAGGAGUGCUGCCAGAGCGCCAGAAAUUACUUGGACUCAAGGUUAAAGGCAAACCUGCAGAAAAUGAUGUUAAGCUUGGAGCUCUCAAACUGAAACCAAAUACUAAAAUCAUGAUGAUGGGAACUCGUGAGGAGAGCUUGGAAGAUGUCUUAGGUCCACCCCCUGACAAUGAUGAUGUUGUCAAUGACUUUGAUAUUGAAGAUGAAGUAGUUGAAGUAGAAAACAGGGAAGAAAACCUACUAAAAAUUUCACGCAGAGUAAAAGAGUACAAAGUGGAAAUACUGAAUCCUCCCAGGGAAGGAAAAAAGCUUUUAGUGCUAGAUGUUGAUUAUACAUUAUUUGAUCAUAGGUCUUGUGCAGAGACUGGAGUAGAAUUAAUGAGGCCAUAUCUUCAUGAAUUUCUAACAUCUGCAUAUGAAGAUUAUGACAUUGUUAUUUGGUCUGCAACAAAUAUGAAGUGGAUUGAAGCUAAAAUGAAAGAGCUGGGAGUGAGCACAAAUGCAAAUUACAAGAUUACCUUCAUGUUGGACAGUGCUGCUAUGAUAACAGUACACACCCCAAGGAGAGGGUUAAUAGAUGUAAAGCCUCUUGGUGUCAUAUGGGGAAAGUUUUCCGAGUUUUACAGCAAAAAAAAUACCAUUAUGUUUGAUGACAUAGGAAGAAAUUUCCUAAUGAACCCCCAGAAUGGACUAAAGAUAAGACCUUUUAUGAAAGCACAUCUAAAUCGUGAUAAGGACAAAGAACUUUUAAAAUUAACUCAGUAUCUCAAGGAGAUAGCAAAAUUAGAUGACUUUUUGGAGCUAAAUCACAAAUAUUGGGAAAGGUAUCUCUCGAAGAAGCAAGGACAGUAGUUACAGGUCACACUGGCAGUUACUGAAGAUACUUGAGAUCCACGAACUGUUUGCUUUUAUGCUAGAAAUUACUCUGAUAGUGCUGGCCACUGAAGCAAAUACCAGACGGCUUAUUCUUGGUCUUCCAGUUUUUUUGUAAAUUUAAUUUUAUAUUUUUUGAAGAUCAUAGCAAUAUGCUAAACAUUUCUUCUAUGUGAGUGUACUGUUUCUCUUGAAAACUUUUUUCUCCAGCAUUGGUAAUUGAGGUGUUUUCCACCCAACCAAAAAAAUAAAUAAAUAAUGGAAGAAAGAAAAAAGGGGAGGGAGAUGUAUACUCAAUAGUGUCAUUUGUAACUUUUGGAAAUAAGUUAUGCCUUGUGUUGUGUCUCAUUGUGUUAUUUACCUAAAUCGAAGACCAAAUCGGUCUUAAAACUAGUGUUUUUCCCCCUUUGAAACCAAAAAAUCCCCCCAGUUUUUGAAUAAAGAACCUAGUUUGUUAUUCUUAAAACUACCAAGAAUUUUUUUAUUCCUUUGUCACAAAGUUUUUAUCCUCCUCUAGUUACCCCUCUAUAUUCUGGGCUGUCUCAGUUUGGUUUUUGUGGGUCAGUGUUCUUCAAGUGAGAUGAGAACAUCAGUUGUGAUUCACAUGCAUCAGAGAGUGAGAAACAGAAAACAGACUGAAGAACCAAACUAAAGAACAAGAGUGUAAGCACUUAUGCCUAAGACCAUUGUCAUAAAUGCAGAAAAAGGUGAUAAAUUUUAAGAUGGGUCAUAUCACCAAUUUAGCCCUAAAAAGCAUGAACAAAUUUUUGUUCUGUUCCAGCUGUAUCUUGUCUAAGUGCUAAUACUAUGUUUCAGUGAAAAUAUCUAGCCAUAAAAUUAAAAAUAUAUAUCUUUAUUUGCAAUGCUUAAGCCUGCAGAUAUGUAACGUGACCACUGUU